CCCUAUGGUUCCUUCCAAUUGUCUCUAAAUUCUAGAACCCUCUGGCCAUUCCGAGCCACAGUGGCUCCUCCUCCCAUGUUCUAAAGCUGUCAGUGAGAGGGAAGGUCUGUGGUCUGGUUUAAGGCUUUGGCUCUGCUGCCAUGCGCUAUCGGGACAGAAUCAUGGUGCUCCUCUUCCCACCGGGGGUGGUGCUGACUUUGGCAGCGAUGCUCCUCUUCAUCCUCCAUGUGAGCGUAUUCGCCAAUGACGUGCAUCACUUCUGUAUCACCCGCCAAUUCAACUACAUGAGCUUCAAUAGCACCAUUAUCCUGCUGGUGAGCUGGUUAGGGCACAUGGGCCCAGAGGAGGUGGGCAGGGAUGGGGAAGAGGGAGGGGUGGCAAGGGAAAGCCUACUGGGGGGCAGGGGAGGGCCCUUUCUUUCCAUGGCAUGGGGGCUCCAGUUCUCACAGGUGAUGAGUAUCUGGUGGGCCUCAAUGGGGUCACUCUUCGCGGAGAUGAUCGAGGACAAGAUUCUAAGAUGCUUUGCCCUGACCAUCCUGAUCCUCAACACAGCCAUGUUUAUCAACCGCGUCACCUUGGAGUUCCUCACCAUCAACUACCGGGAGGAGAAGCACUAAAAGGCUGAUGAGGGGCAGGUUCAAGACCCCAGCAGGAAGGAAAGGCCUGGGCUUGGCUAUGAUAAAGUCUGUUGUUUAUUUUCAA